ACAGAACUCAACAGACAGAAGCCCAGGACAGUGGGUCGACUGAAACGCACCUCAAGUUUAACAUUGUGCGAAGAAAAGAAGUUACGAAAAGAAAAGAAAAGAAAAGAAAAGAGAGUUCUAGAGAAAAUGCUCUUCAGAAUCAAGCGCCUGAAUUCGGAAUGGUUUUGAAACUAUCACUGAGUACAAUAGGAUAUGUUCUUUUCCUGUCAACCACUCUGCUUUCAACACCGGGGACAGGUUCUCUAAGGUUGCCAAAACCUGAGAAUGUGUUUGUGAACUCAACAAACAUGAAGCACAUGCUGCAGUGGAAUCCUAUCAGCCCUGAUGGACACAUCAAUGGAAGCAUCAGCUAUUCAGUGCAGUUUCAAGGCGAGUUUGAAAGAAUUCACUUGGAGAACACUUGGCGAAAAAUCUUUGAAUGCACCAACAUCACCGUCAAUCAAUGUAAUGUCACAGUAGACAUUGCAUCUGAUGUCGAGUAUGAUCUGAAAGUUCAGGCACAUCUUGGAAUCAUGACUUCAGAGUGGGCAUUCAUAAACAAACUGUUCUCUCGGCAAGACACGAUUCUUACAACACCAACCCUGACCGUAAAAGUGAGUGAAAACCAAUUAAGAGUGAAAGUCGCAGAAGUAGAGAAGAACAUUGAAGCCCAUAUUUAUUACUGGAAGGAUAUUGCAGAUCCACAAGUAAAUAAUGUCACGAUUGACCAGACAAAGAAUCCUUACAAUCUCGACAUUGAGAAAGGGGUUACAUACUGCUUCCAAGCUCAAACCUACAUUUUCAAAUACAACAAAUCCAGCCCCCGAAGUAAACCAGUGUGUAAAUUGGUGAAGAAUCCUACACCCUAUGAGAUUUUAAUCACUGUGACCAUAGUGUUACUUCUUGGAACAGCAAUUAUAAUGGUGUUCCUGGUUCUCACGUGGAAACGUUGCCAAUGGAUUAAAUCUUCCUUGUUUCCCAAAAUUUCAAUCCCUUCCGUAUCGUCUUUUGAUGAUUUUCCACCCAACGGAAUGAAGCGAGUCGAUAAAAGCAAUGAAGAUUACGAUCUUGUCCAAGUUUUUACUCAGUCAGAGUUAUUACUUAAUGGAUAUCCAGCAAGAGAUUCAAUGCCAGUGCAAACAGGUCCACUGAAGAUAGAAGAAAAGACAAACCACAGCACAGGUCAAGAUAGCAGGUCCUCCAAUUGUGUUGUAUCAGGAAAUGCUUCCCAGUGGCCUGAUUCAAUGGAGAUAUUAUGCUGCAAAGCAUAUCAGUCUCAAGCAGUAUCAAUCUAAAACAAAGACAUUUAAAAUUAACAGGUAAUGAACCCAUGAUCAUACAGAUACUUUCUGACUCCAGCAAUAUAACCUGACAAGUCUUCAGAGCUACAAGGAUGCACAACUGAUUGGUUUGAAUCUCAAAUACGAGCCUUCCACCCUACCCUAUUGAUUUCAUCUUUAGAUCUCCAAAGAUUUCAGGAGUCUGCUGCACUGACAUGUUUGACAAGCCAAAUGGAGGCUUGAAUUAACUUGCUAAUCCUGCUUACCUUAGGGAGAGGUGGUGAAGCUGUUCUUUAAAAGUGUUGCCAUUGCUUGGACUAGUUGUUGGAUUAUGUUUAAGAAACUCAUUGAUAACUGACUGAUGGCAUCAUUUUGGUACUCUGCAAAGUGAACAGAAUAUUUGACUUCGGCCAGAAUAUUAUUGUGAACAUCUGUUCAACAGUUGGAUGUAUAACAUUAACCCAACCUGAAUUCUUCUCUCUAUAUAUCCUGGGUCCACAAGAAAGAAAAAUCACGUUUCAUCAGAAGUCAUUUCAUCUGCUCUGCAGUAAAGCUGAAUGAGAUGUUAAGCUGUUUCCAUAUUACUGCUCAUGUGUGUACACUGAAAAUUCAUAACAACUGAGUGCCACCAUCAGCACUCUGUUUACAAACUUCCAACAGUGAUGGUUAAAGGAUUACCUGUUCAAUGUUCUUACUCUUUCAG